UUAAAUGUGAUGUUUCUACUUUAUUCGGUUGUCAAAAAUGUAUAUUUAGUCUUUUUCCUGGUGGUCAAAUCUGUGAUGUCACCAUACCAUCACCAUAAGUGGCUGCUGGGAAUAAGAAAAAUGCUUUUAUUUACAAUUUAAUCUGUAGAUUUAAUCAUCAGUGUGUUUUAUCUAUGUCAGAGUUUGUUUGAUGGAAUGUGGCUUUCAAUUAAUAAUAAUUAUUAACAUUACACAGUAGAGGAUAUAUAUUUUACAUAUUGAGUGUUCUGGAGGAUUAACUACACACGAGCGAUGGAGUGAUUGACUUGAUUCACAUGAGAUUUACACGUGUCUGAGCGCUGGCACCUGUAGAACCUCCCGUCAGGAGUUCAUCCUGCCUCAGCGCUGCAGGCCCUUCGGAGUCAUGAAUGUUUAACAGGAACACGGAGGAGUCGUCAGUGUUUAUUUAACAGUGUGGAACAGGGGGGGGGUCGGGGGGGUCCCUGCAGCCCCAGAGUCUCAGCCACUCAGAGCCAACGGUCACCAGGACGGUUCCUUGUGGCGGAGAAGCGGCUCUUAAAGGGGCGGCUUCACCCAUGUGACCUCCAAAUACACAUUUUCCCUCUUAGCUGCGGUGACACGCGACCAUGCAGACGCUUCAGAGACGUGGUGGAUCUCUGGAACUCUAGUUUGUGGCGCUCGCAGCCAUGAAAGCCGUGCACGGUUAACACUGUGGAUUAAUCCUUCCGGUCCUUUGAUAAUAGAUUCAUCAACAGAUUGAUGCACUUACAGAUUAAAGGAGACAUAUGAUGCUUGUUAAAUACGUUCUUUUGUGAAUGUAAAAAAAUUAUAACAAGUCGUAAAAAAAAAGGGAGAAAACACUGAAGCUCCUGAAACACCUGUGAGUCGUUUAGUUAGUUAGUCGUAUAAGAACGAGCUGCGUUCAGACACUCACAACAAAACCAUUAUUCAAACAGCCCGGUGUGAUUAACGACUCUAAAGAAAGAUGGACGCCAUGAUGCCUUCCAGAUGUGAUCCAGAUCAUCUUGGUUGCCUCCUCCAUGUUAGCAGACGGGGCAUACACGUAAAUGAAAGUGUGGGGUGACUCCCUUAUUGAUGAUGAUGAUGAUGAUGAUGAUGAUGAUGAUGCUCACACUGGGAGCGACAAAUAACCCCGCCGCCGUCUCGCUGCUUCCAGUCGAACGCCAGCAGCAGCAGCAACGGCCCGGGGGGGGGGUACAGCAGCCAGCCGGGGCGCCACUCGGUGUCGGUCGAGGUGCAGAUGCAGCGGCAGAGGCAGGAGGAGAGAGACUCGUUCGCCCAGGCACAGCGACAGUACAGCUCCCUUCCGAGGCAGCCCAGGAAAAACCCCAGCCUCAUCUCCCAGGACUCGUGGGAUAAGGUGUACCCCCCCGGAGAGGGCUUCCAGUCGGCCAAGGACAACCCCAGGUACUCCAGCUACCAGGGCUCCAGGAACGGCUACCCGAGCGGCGUCGGUGUCAACGCCAGAGUCCUCCUGGAGGCGCAGGAGCUCCUGAGGCAAGAGCAGCGGCGCAGGGAGCAGGAGGCCAAAGGGAAGUUGAUGCAGGAGAACACGGGUACCGGCGGCUACGACCGAUACUCCACCGCUCACCUGAAGGACCCGGCCUCCCCCAAAGGUCCCUACCGCCAUGACGUGCCUCCUUCACCUUCACAGCUAGCGAGGCUUAACAGAUUGGGGUCAGAGAAAGGACGGCUUUUUUAUUCAUGAGGACUUGUUGGACUAAUGGACAAAGAGCCGAGGGGAGAACUUCUGGGCUCAGGAGCUGAAGGGGUUCACAACGAAGAACCUGAGAACGUGGACAAACUGCAGAUCUCAGCUUGGCGAUGAUCUUAGAGGUAAACGGCUGUGAAGUGAGAUCGGGUCUGUGGGUGUUAGUGUUCAAUCCCUUGCUGUGCCGAUGACCUAUAACCAGUAGCCACCCAGCCGACAGACUGGAGACACGCCCAGUGCCUUCUCUGCAUUCACGGACACGAUGCUGGUUCACACUCGUCCAGAUCUGGAGCCGUCACGUACUGACAAUCAAACGGGCAAACAGGCAAGUGAGAGGUGGUUCCUCUGAGGUACAUGUGUCCCCAUCCAGUGAGGGUUUCAUGCUUUUUACAUGUGGACGACCCCCCCCCCCAGGUCUCAAAUCUCCCUUUGUCCACUAACGUUGAAACUCGGUCGCUGCCGGUUUCUCCGUUCCAGAGUUUUCUCUCCUCAGCGAUCGGCCUCGCUCACAUGAGUCCUCCCAGGGGAGCAGAGGAAACUCAGUGUAUGAAGGAAGCAGGGCACAGUGUGUGUGUUAUUAAUAACCCCCCCCCCCCCCCUCCUCCCUCCUGCUCCUCAUAAAUGAUUCAUAUCGUGUGUUAUCUCCGUGAGGGCGACCCAAGCAGAGAGGGUGGCCAGCUCUGGUCCUCUGCCUGGCCUCCCUGCUCUGAUCUGGGCUUGACACACUGACCUGCCUGCCUGUCUGGAGCUCUGGCUUCCGUCCUCCUCCUCCUCCUCCUCUUCCUCCUCAUCCUUCAUUACUCUCGCUCUUCUCCCACUUUCUUCUCUUCUCACCGCUUCCCUUCCCCUGUACUCUUCCUCAUGCUACCCAAUACCUCCACCCUCCUCCUCCUCCUCCUCCUCCUCCUCCUCUUCCUCGUCUCCCGAGUCCGACUCUGCACUGAAUUUUUCAUCAGCAGCCACCUGCUGCCUGCCGGAGCCAGAGAGCGCUGCCACCAGAGGCACCGACAGAGGGCUCGCCUUCUGACAUGAAGAGAGGAACAAAAAGCAUUACAGAAAGAAAAGAGCCAGAGUGAAGAUGGGUAGAGAGACAAUGUCCUUCCCAGUGUGAGAUUAGUGGGAGCUAGUGGGAGCUUUUCUCCUGUUUUUUAACAAAAGGCAAAAUUGUCCUCAGGAUUUAAUUGCUUUCGAUUGCUGUAAUUGCUUUCUCUAUUAUUUCGUCUUUACCUUUUCAAGCGUUUAGCCGACACUCUUCUCCACAGCGAUUUGAAAAGAGGCAGCAGCAGGUAGAGGCGCUGUCCGGCCGUUAAUGGAGGAGCCGAGCGCUGCUGGCGUUUUACAUAAGGAAAAAUUCAAUAAAGCAGAAUUUCUGGCUCGUGCAGCUCUCGUAGCUGGAUGCAGAUGGUUGUGGUUUUUAUUCGUGCAGGUUUUCAGAUGCUUAUCUCGGGAGUUUACUGAUGUUCCUCCUGAUACAGUGGAGGCGGAUGGAGUUUUGUUUUUCUUUGCCCGAAGCAAAGAAAAGUCACACACAGAAAUAUUUUUACUGAAACGUUGUUGUUUUUGUAAAUGUGUGCACUAGUCACGAUCAGUCGGCCGGCUUGUCCAUAAGCUGGGUCCGAAUUCAGCUGCUGCAUUUGAAGACCAGUUGUGUCACAGCUGUGUAACUAGACAAUCUCAAGUCCAAGUCUCCAACUAGAGCGUCCUUCCAUCGCUGAGAAACCGAUCCCACAGCUCAACUCCACGAUAACCACAGAGCAGACUGGGGCUCCAACUGGAGUCAAAGGUGCACGAUGGAGGGAUCCGACUGUAGAUUGUAUAAUGCAACCGAUAAGUUAUAAUUAUUGUGGAGACAAAAAAUCUCUAAACCUGAACAAGUAAAACCAUGAAUUGUCAGCUUGACCGAACAUCACUGGUGGGAAGAUGAAGAGUGUAGUAUUAUGAAUCAUGUAAUACUAACAUUAAUAAUAAUAAUAUGUCAUGGUUUCUGCAGUGGCUGGGAACUGAUGUCGGACAAAAAGGGAAAUGCAAAGAAAUAAAAUGAAUAAAUAUGUGUCUGUCAUCAAGCUGUGCAAAACAAACAGGCGGAGGAUAAUUGCCCUUCACUCCUACACACUCGCCCAUUUGUAGAGUGAUGCUGCAAGAGAUGCAUUAUCUGGUGCUGGUUAAUGAAGAUCCUCACUGGGGGGGGUGGGGGGGUGGAAGGUGAAUGAAAAUGUAUAAGAUGAAGAAGAAAUGACUCUAAAUGGAUUAUUUCCGUGUUUAAACCUGUUCACAAGGCUCCUCUGCUUUAAGCUAAUUAAAAACCUCCUGUCUGCAUUAUGGAUGUACGUGGAUGUGACAACACAAACACACACUGGGCCCCGUCUCACAGUGUGUGUUUGUGUGUUCACGCUACAAUGGGCUGACGAACCAAACACAACCCGACCUGUGCAGGUGACGCACAAAACAAAUGUAUCAGGGAAGAGAUGGAAAAAAAGAGAAGAGGAAUUGUUUGUUUUUCUUUUGCAUUUCACGGAAUAAAGAGUAAAUGUUGCUAAUAAAUUCAAACUCUUCUGGUUCAUCAAAAGAGGAGGAGACUGUAAAUAAAGAUGGACGACAUGAUGGCUCGCCCAAAAGUGAAGCCAAAACCUCUCAAUCGCCCCCUGGUGGAUGAUUACAGUAUAACCUCCUGCCUCCUCCAUGUUAGCAGCUCGGACCUGGACCAAACAAAACAAAAUUAUCAAAUUACGCACAAAAUAGUUUUCUCAAAGAAGGUUGUUGUCACGAUGUUCGUUCAAAUGUUCAUGUUUCCGAUAAGUUUGAAUUUAAGUUAUUUGAUAAUUUCUUUACAUUUUUAAAUGUUUCUCGACAUUUUGACUUUAUUCUGGAAAUGGAAAAUGAAAAAUAAAAUCCUCUUCUCAUUUUGUCCUCAUGCCCGACCACUCCCCCAUGUUUUUGUUGAAAGUGUUUAGCGGAGCGGCCGACACUUCCUGCUGUGAACACUCGUGUGUCUCAAAGUGCAGACUCACACAUUUUGAAGGAUGUUCUUGACACACACAUAUCAUGUCUUUUUGUUUUCCUUGCUGAUCAUGUGACCCAGUUACGGGGUCGAACAGCAACAAGUGCCUGAGAUAAUAUUUGACACAAAGAGGGACACGAUGUGAUUUGUCUAGUGACACUACAGCACACAAACAACAGUGUGUGUGUGUGUAUCUGUUUUAAUAUCAUAUACAAAUGUGUCAUUUCGGGGGGGGACUCCUUCCUUUUUUUAAAUUGUAUUUUAUUCACAAGAGCCAACACUUACAAGCUGUUGUCAGUGUUUUUGUAUCCUGUUUGAAAUUGCCUUCGACCGUGCUGUGUUUUAAAGUAUAAAAAAAGAAAUGGAAGCUGAUGUGCAAUUGUUCUGUUGUGUUGCUGUUUUUUGCCAGAAAACUUUUACAUGAUAUAUUAAGAAAUGUAAUCAGCCACUUUUCCUGUACAUAUCAAAUUUAGAAUAAAGCGGAAGGCUGUUCAAUCCUGUUUACAAC